CCUGUGCCGGGACGGCAGCCCCAGGAGCCUCCCGCAGGCACGCCGCCUGUGGUGGGGAGCUCUGCCCUGUGGCCGGUACCGGCCGUUGCCUUCGGGCGCUCCCUCGAGAAGGGCCGUGGAGUUUCGGCGUGUAACGGGUGUACCUGGCCGGGGCAGCUCGCAGGAGUCCCUGAGGAGGCUGCGCGGUCGAUUUGAGAGCGCUUUAGCACCUCCUUGGGGUGCGUUCCUCUUUCUCCACUUGGCUCUAGCAAGCAUCAUGAGGCUUCUAAGAGGUUUUACCAUAACUUUUGAUGCCUCCGAAGAAGAAAUGUACCCACAAGGCCAGGAAGGCAGAGCUGGUAUUCCUUGAGAGGCCGCGAGAGGGACCCGGACAUUGCUAUGAAAUUCUGCUGCCUUCAGCUGAGAAUCCAAGACGUGUUCCCACAAAACCCAUUGACCGGAACACCUCUACUGCCUGGGUGUGCCCACAAUUCGAAACAACUAAGUCAGUGGUGUUGAAAGCAUACCAGAAGAAGGAUUGUGGUCCUCACAAACCCCAGAAUCAGGAUACCAACCACAGUUCACUUCAUGCAGGAGGAGCUUGUCGAAGAGCUGUAACCUGCAAAUUUCCUCCUUUAACUUUUGAGAAUCCAGAAGGACACGCAGUCCACCAACCAGACAGUCCAAAUCGCUCAAGGAAGAGCACACAGCACACUCACAGCCGGCCCAAGAAAGGGACAGCAGCAAAAGCCAACAUCCAGGUGAACAGUCCUGAGAAAUGCGGAGAAAUGCCUUUGUUACCUGCUCCCCAGCCUGUGGAGCCAGAAGUCUUUAGUCCACCAGGUGUAGAUGCUCCACAGGUGCCUUCCAUAAGGAACUGGAGAAGCAACAGCACUCUGCCACAAAGAAGCAGCCAUGCCUGGCAUCCAGAAAAAGAGCUGGCAUUCGAUAUUGAUCCCUGUGGGAGAGGGGAGUCAGCAGCAGUACUGGUUACAGAUACUCCUGAGCACGAGUAUGGGGUAAAGGUUACUUGGAGACGGCGGCCUCAUCUAAUGAAAUAUCUGCAGGAGAGCGGGAAGCUGAGUGCUGCCGACAUACUGGUGAAGACAAACUCCGAGCUCUCUAGGAGACAGGCCAACAUCCGACCUGGGUGGGAGCAGUAAUUUUGUUAUGUGCAAAGA